AGGGAAUUUUCAUUUUUUUUUUUUUUUUUAUCAUGGUGACCUUGUGUUGUGGAACCCGAUCAAAACCCUCACACAGCCAUUCUCUGGUUGCUGGGCCGAGGAACUUCACAUAAUUUACUCCUGGAACUCUCUGCCAUUGUGUUCUGAGACUGAAAGGGAAUUUUUCGUAUGGAUUCAAGGGUGGCGUCGUUGUUCCAUGGCACACCAACAUUCCUCUUUGACGACCAAAAGUGUUUCUUAAAGCUAUCAAUCAAGCUAACUCACCAGGCCGGGCCAUCUUCAGCUCAAGUUUGGAGAUUUAAAAAUACGAAUGUGAAUAUUUCAGACAAAUUUAAAUUUGAUUUCAUGUAUUGCCUGAAACUGUUCAUGGUUAUGGGGUCCGUUCAUUUCAGUGUCAGCAGUCAAACGUCGGGGCCUGUUUCCAUAACUGCAUUUAACCUUACGUGGUACCAAGUUACACUGUCACGUUUUCUCAUCGCGUCAUGUGAUAAAAUGUUUAACUUCAAUAGAUCCAUAUAGUUACAGUAAAGCGAAAUUGAGCCCAAGAAAUAUAGACUUUGACACUGUAAUUUUUCUCAGUUUUAAACAAAUGUAUAGACCUUUGAAUAACGUCAAUUCAAUGGAAUAUUAGUUGGAGUCGUAAAGAAUUCUCUUCUCGCCUCCCUGGUAAUGCUAUUUAUCAUCAAUACCUAUUCGUAACAAAGUUCCAUAGGAAUAUUUUACUUCUCAUUGAACUUUCUUAAUUACAUCGUAAAUAAUACUUCUCUACAUUGAACAGAACAUGGCCGCUGACCUACUAAAUAUUGUACGUCUCAUUGAAUUAAUCUUUAUCAUAUCGUAAAUAACAAUUCUCUUCAAAGAACAGAACAUGACCACUAGCCUACUAAAUAUUUUAUUUCUCAUUGAAUUAUUCUUAAUCAUGUGGUAAAUAAUACGUCUCUACAAAGAACAGAACAUGGCCGCUGACCUACUUAACGGGGGCGACCUCUUCCCCGACGACCACGAGGUGUUGCUAAGCAGGGAGAAGCGAUACUUAGUGUCCAAGAGCCUGAUGGAGCAGAGUCGCCUGACGGCCCUCUACGUCAUUUUCAUUCUCCUCAUUCUCCUCAUCAACGUCUUCGUCAUUGUGGUCAUCCUGCUGUCCAAGGUCAUGAGGUCAUCCUCCAGACACAUUCUUAUGCUGAGCGUCUGUCUUGGAGAUCUGGUCAUGGCUGUAUUCGUCCUUCCGGUAAGUCUUACUGGGCUUUUCCCUCGUGUAAAACAGUUACAUUAUCACGGGAUUGUAAUUUUAAGAGUUACGAUAGAAAUAGCUUUGAUUAAACAUUAUUUAAAAAAAAAAAAGCUUUGCACCGUAUACGAUACAGACUUCUAUCAAAAUAAACUAAUUGCAUAUAUACGACACAGACUUCUAUCAAAAUAAACUAAUUGCAUAUAUACGACACAGACUUCUAUCAAAAUAAACUAAUUGCAUAUAUACGACUGUCUUAUUAGUUUUUUUUUCAAAUCGUGUCAAUGAGUCGAGUUUUUUAAAAUAUAUAUAUAUUUUCCUCAACACAUUAUUUCGUUAACUUGCAGUUUCAGGGUACCAGCUAACAAGCAAAAGUUGUGUUGACUUCAUAAUCGUCUUCAUCUUUUUAUUGUGUAGGUGCUGCUGAACUUGGGGAUGAGAUACGGGGACACAGUUGGCGACUGUCCGACCUUCUUCGCCAUGCGAAUGUUCGCAGACUUUUUCAUCCCGUCCGUCACAACACUGGGAGUCUUAGCCUUAAAUAUUGAUUACAUUCUUAGACUGUGGUGAGUUCUCUUCGUGUCUUUCUUUGGAAUUCCUGUAUUAUAUAACUUAACUAUUUACUACAUUCUUAGAAUUCGGGGAGUUCUUUCCCCGUUUUUCUCUGUAAUUGUAUAAUAACUUAAAAUUUAUUACAUUCUUCGACUCUGGUGAGUAAUUAUUCGUCUAUUUCCUUGAAAUUCCUACAUAAUUAAGUGACGCGUAAAAGUUUUAUGAUUUACUGCCGUCUCAAGAGUAGUUCAAUUUUUUUUUCUAAUUCACUCAAUUUAAUUGUUUUGGUAAAUAACAACAUUUAAUACAGCCUCAAAAGAUAAAAUAAUCGGGAGAUCUUAAAUUAUUCAUAUUUAUAUGGACAUUUUUUUAACAUAAGCUCGUUUGGUGUUGUUGAUAAUGUUCAAUUCACUGCCUUUCUCAGCUGCCCCGUGUAUUCGGAGGGCGGAAGUCGGGGCGCCAUCAUGGUGGCGCUGUUCCUGCUGCCGUGGGUGAUAAGUGGUGCCGUGCUGACUCCCCUGUACAUUGACGGCAUGAACAAGCUCUCCAAGACCUGGCUACAGACGUGCAAUGUCAACAUGGGGGGAUUUUUGACCAGGACGCUUCUGGUCGUCAGUUUCUUCCCACAGGUAAGCUCAAACCAAUGUGUUAAACGUGUGUACAUUCUUUCAGUGGGUGAUGAUUCCUUUAGUGGUGGAAUGGUGCAUAACACUGCAUACCAUUAGUGUUGUGAGUGGUGCAUACCAUUAGUGUUGUGAGUGGUGCAUACCAUUAGUGUUGUGAGUGGUGCAUACCAUUAGUGUUGUGAGUGGUGCAUACCAUUAGUGUUGUGAGUGGUGCAUACCAUUAGUGUUGUGAGUGGUGCAGACCAUUAGUGUUGGAAUGGUGCAUACUACUGCAUACCAUUAGUGUUGUGAAUGGUGCAUACCAUUAAUGUUGUGAAUGGUGUAUACCAUUAGUGUUGGAAUGGUGCAUACCAUUCGAGUUGGAAUGGUGCAUACCAUUAGUGUUGAAAUGGUGCAUACCAUUAGUGUUGGAAUGGUGCAUAUUUCAAAUAAAACUUCACAGCUAGUUUUAUUUUGUUUUUAAGAUAGAAGUCUGUCUGUAGUUUCACCGGCUACUGUAAUGGGCUUUUGUAAUGGGCUGUUGUAAUGGAGUAUUUUAAUGGGCUACUGUAAUGGGCUAUUGUAAUGGGAUUUUGUAAUGGGUUACUCUAAUGGGCUACUUUAAUGGGCUAUUGUAAUGGGCUGUUGUAAUGGAGUAUUUUAAUGGGCUACUGUAAUGGGCUACUGUAAUGGGCUAUUGUAAUGGGCUUUUGUAAUGGGUUACUCUAAUGGGCUACUUUAAUGGGCUAUUGUUAUGGGCUGUUGUAAUGGGGUAUUUUAAUGGGCUACUGUAAUGGGCUAUUGUAAUGGGCUUUUGUAAUGGGUUACUCUAAUGGGCUACUUUAAUGGGCUAUUGUUAUGGGCUGUUGUAAUGGAGUAUUUUAAUGGGCUACUGUAAUGGGCUAUUGUAAUGGGCUUUUGUAAUGGGUUACUCUAAUGGGCUACUUUAAUGGGCUAUUGUUAUGGGCUACUGUAAUGGGCUACUUUAAUGGGCUAUUGUUAUGGGCUGUUGUAUUGGAGUAUUUUAAUGGGCUACUGUAAUGGGCUAUUGUAAUGGGUUACUCUAAUGGGCUAUUCUAAUUGGCUAUUGUAAUGGGCUACUGUAAUGGGGCAUGGGACAUUUUUGUAAAGUUAACAUUUAAGUUCUAUUUUUAUUGAAGUGUAUUAUUUGUGUUCACUAUUCAUCUCCUUUGAACAAUAUUUCAGGCUGGACUCCUACUUCUGUUUAACGUCAUCGUCUCGAUUCUGUACUUAUUUCGACGUGAGUCCUACAGCCUCGACGUGUGUGGCGAGAGGAUUCGCGCUCCAGUGGACAUCUGCCUGGGCUCGUUCACCACCAUGUUGCUGUACACGCCCAUAUUUCUAGUGACACUGCUCACGACAGAGGGCUAUCUCGGUUGUAAACACGACGAGGAAUGCAAGGCCCUUAACACCUUAAACACGGUGGCUGUCUGGCUCAUGUUUACUAAAUCAUGGCUUCUGCCCCUUUGCUGGUUCGCGUGUAAAGAUACCCGGGCCAGCAUAAAACAUUUACUCGGUUGCUGUUAACGCAGAGGCGUAGCUAAAGUGUCUGACGCCCGGGGAUAUUUGUCCCCACCCCCACCCCCCAAUCUGUCCCUUUAGCAACGCAUCUGUGUUAACGCGACUUAUCUCAAUAUUUAGAGAUGCUGGACCCUCCACCACAUGAUUGGAUGGAAUUUUGUGUUUUGACAGUAGCUGAAGAAAGUUUGUGAAGCUUAGCGGAAGAAUUUUAAUUAGCUUAAUCGUGGAACUAUUUUUUUUGUGCUAUUAGGACUUUGAUUAACUUGCACCCUGAAGUGUGUGUUGAGUGGUGGAAGGUUUUUAUCAAAAGAUGCUAAGUAGGUGGCGAAGUGAUUUUGAAUUGUUGCUUUCUUCUUCAAUAUAUUCAAUGAGUUCUUCAAUGGUAUUGCAAUUGUUUAUUUGCUACGACAAGGGGAGGCUAUUCUGAGUAUUUUGAGUUGAAUCUAAUAAAAUAAUUUACAACUUUUGAUCAGAGCAGUUGUAACGAUUAGUGGAAUUCGGAACAUCUAGUUUGAUCUAGAUUGUGGCCACAUUAUGUCCCAACCGCUCUUAUGCUAACUGAAUUUAAACUUAGGCACUGAACAAUUUCAGAAUCCAAAAAUAAGUAAUGACGUCUGUGAUGCCUGAUGUAUUUUGUUAGGCUCAGAGUCCCAGAGUCAGAGUCCGAGAGUCACAGUCCCUGAGUCAGAGUCCUAGAGCCAGAGUCCCUGAGUCAGAGUCCCUGAUUCAGAGUACCAGAGUCAGAGUCCCAGAGUCAGAGUGCAUGAGAAAUGCCAUCUCUGGACUUUGGGCGAGAAAAAUCCCAAUAUGUUUGUUUCACUUGAAGUGAAUGCCACUCAGUAUAAAACUAUGACAUACAAUUUUUUCCUGCUACUUAACUAAUUUCGUGCCUUGUGGGAAAUGAAGAAAUCCAGCUCAGAUGACCACAUCCAGGUUAACUAAACUAUAUUUCACUGGACACAUAUAUCAAUUAUAUUUAAACUGGUUCACAAUGGGGCACAAUAAGAUGAAUCUUUAUAUAAGAGGAAUAUUUAGAUGUCGUAAACAAUCUUUUUGAAGAAAGAAAAAAGUUGGGGAAAAUUACUUCUUUUUAAUAGGCCUAUGGAUAGGGUUAAAACAAAGUUUGAAGAUCACUGUAAUAGAUCUGUAAUAUGAUAUAAUGUCUAGGUAACGUGUAAGUCUCACCUUGCAUGUUAAGAGUACAACGCAUUGCUGCUGUACAAAUUUUAUGUUAAACAAUUUGGUGUAAAAAAUUAUUUUGAUCAUAGAAUAAUUUAUUGUUAAGUAUGUGAAUGGAGUCCUCGUGAUAAUCUGCUUUGUGAUAUUCUUAAUGGCAAUUAUUAUAUAAUCGAUACGUAUAAAUACAUUUUCACAGCCCAUUCUUGACCUCCAUCUUUUAUGGGAGGUUUAUUUUUACUUAUAUUUUUCCUGUCUGGGGUAUCUUAAAUGUUAUUUGACUUUAUAAUCAUAUAUAAUCACGCAUAAUCGACUCACAUAAUAAAUAAAUUUAGCAACUACAACUGUUCACGGACUUGUGUUUCAAAAUUUAAUGUUUAUUAAUGUGGAUAUGGCCAUGAAAG